GUGACCCAGUGGCUCAGGACAACUGUACCACUGGAGCCUGGACCAAGGACCCACACCCCUGGUCGCUGGCCACCACCCUUCACAACCUGAACAAGGGGCUGCUUCCUCCCCGCCCCUUCUCCAAGGAGAGGACUGACUGGCACCUGCCCACUUCCUGUGGCUGAGGAUAAAGGAGCUCCGAGGGGCCAGGGAGAGAGCUGCAGAGUCCUGGCAUGGUAAGGGUGCUGUCCCCUCCCUGACGCCUGUGGGUGGCUCCCCGACCCCACCCCGACCCCGGGUCUGAGCCCCCAGCCCGCACUCCAUGCUGUCUCCCUGCAGAUGCUGCUGCUGCUCUUCCUGGCCAUCUUCUCCCUGGGGAGCUGCAGCUCCGGGAGCCCCGCGCCCGUCCCCAAGAAUGACCUGCUGGGCAUCGUGGGGGGCCACAAUGUCCCCCAGGGGAAGUGGCCAUGGCAGGUCAGUCUGAGGAUCUACAACUACCACUGGGCGUCCUGGGUGCACAUCUGCAGGGGCUCCCUCAUCCACCCCCGGUGGGUGCUGACCGCCGCCCACUGCAUCUUCCGGUGAGUCCCGGGCAGAGACC